AUGGGCUUGGCUGGGACUAAGGUCAAGCAGAGGUUUGGUAUGGAUCCAAGGAACACGAAGUGGUCAAAUGAUACUUCAAGAUUUGGACGAGUUUACUUGGAGAAAUUAGGCUGGGAACCUGGUAGUGGUCUUGGGUUAGUCGAUCAUGCUGUUAAAACCCAUGUAAAGGUGAAAAUAAAAGAUGAUAAUUUAGGUCUUGGCGCCAAAACGAAUGCUGGAAGCGGCUCCUUAGAAAAUGGGGAAAGUUCUGGAUUAGACGUCUUCCAAAGAAUUUUGGGAAGGCUCAAUGGAAAAGAAGAACUGAUCAACAAAGAAUUGGAUAGGAAGAAGAAAGAUAAUUUUAUCACAGGAAAAUGGGGUAUAUCCUUUGUGAAAGGUGAUUGCCUCGAAAGUACGUGGGAUGCUAAAUCCAAAUCUUUUGUUUCCAGUAAACUGCAACCAGCGUCAGAUAGUGACAUAAGUGAUUCAAAGUCAAAAAUGGAAGAGAAGACAAAAAAUGAAAUCUUCGCUUCGCAAGGUGGCAGUAAGUCAUUAGAUGAAUCUAAGAAACGUAAAAAGAGUAAGAAAAAUGACAGCAGAAUGACGAAAAUUAGGAAAACAAUUGAUGCAGAAAAAGAGAAGAAAGUGAAGAAAGAGAGAACACAAAAAGAAGAGAAGAAAGAGAAGAAAGAGAAGAAAGAGAAGAAAGAGAAGAAAGAGAAGACAGAAAAAGAAGACAAAAAAAACAAAAAAGGCAGUAAGGACAGGAAACAAAAGAAAGAGAAGAAAGCAUUCAUAGAAUCUGAAGGACUAGAAGGAUUAAAAACUGAAAUUGCGACAGUCGGUAGAAUACCAAUUGAAUGCAAAAAAAGGAAGCUAGAAGAAAUUGAUUCCAAAAAAUUAAGAAAAAAAAUGAAAAAUAGUCAUAUGAACUCCGACAUGGCCCUCGAAGAACAGGAGAAACUGGAGACUAUUCAAGGAGAUUCUGUUGAUGCUCGUGUGGUACGUGUUUCCUCUGUGGUUCCAAUAUCUAGUAGACUUUCUGCAAGGUCAAAAUGGAUAAGACAGAAGAGAGCUUCGGUUAUGGAUCCCAAAGCACUAAAUGAAAUUUUUAUGAUAAAGAAAUAA